AUGGCACGAGUUCGCGAGCGGCUGUUGGGUUUCUUUGAUGGCGCGGAAAAUGCGGCAGAGAACCCGGACCCGCUGUUGGACGUCGUGCACCAGUACCCUGAGGAGGCUGCCUGGUUCAUCAAGGUCGUGAUGUUCUUCGGCAGCAUCUCUGGUGUGGUCAUCUCCAUCCCUUGCGGGCUCUUCUUGACCAUGUACUGGACACCCUGCGGCCUCUGCAACCGGCCGCUGAGGUACUGGAUCCUGGUGCACUGUGUGCUUCAGCUCCUCCAGGCACCGGUGCGUCUCGUGUUCUUCCUGCGCCUCUGCCACAUCCAGCGCCUCAAUGGCAACAUUCAGGAGUGCGUGCGGCACCUCACGCACAGCGCGGCUUGGAGAACUAGCAAGGUCGUCUCCAUAGUUACCUACGGCUGGUUCAUCCUUGGCGUGGUUUGGCUGCUAAACUCCACAUAUUGUAAGCCGUGUCCUGGGCUGUACCGGCUCUCGCUGGCGGUGAUUUUUGCGGCUGUGGCUAGGCUGCUGAUGACACUCAUUGUGUUCUACCACAGCUUCCCUCCGCGGUUCCAGGGUCAGCAGCCACCUCCGAAGCCUCGAGGUGCCAAUCAGGAGUUGAUUGACUCCAUGCCGCUCAUAGUGUACUCGCCCGAGGUAGGCUCCGAGACCAGCUGUGCUGUGUGCUUGAGCGAGUUCGAUCGAGAUGCUGUGCUGCGGCGCCUGCCGUGUAGCCAUAGCUUCCACAGGGGUUGCAUUGACAAAUGGCUGAAGAGGAACAAGGUUUGCCCUCUUUGCCUUCAAGACAUCGAGGUCCUGCAGUCGCCGAAGGGCCGCUGGGGGAAGGAGAAAGCUGCCUGA